AUGCGUGUUAAGGUUAUUCGAGCGCAACAACUUGGCGGUGAUCAUUGUUCCGUAAAUCAACCUUAUGUUAUACUGGAAAUGGAUGAACCAGCUCAAAAAUUUCAAACAAAACAUGGAUUUAAUAUCGGUUCAUGUUGGGAGCAAUCAUUUGAUUUUGAUUUAACGCCAGCAUCAGAGGAGAUUCUAUUUGAGAUAUAUGAAGGACAAGUGAAACAUUCUGAACAAAAUGAACGUGAAAAUGAUCGAUUCUUAGGGCUUGCAAUUGUUGGUCUAGAAGAAGCGCGACAAUGCAAUGUUAACACUUCGUAUAACUUAAAAUUACAAGGACGACCGUAUAGAAAUGAUAAUAUCACGGGUAAUUUAAUUGUACAGUUCGACUUCUACUAUGAUCCAAUGGGAAAUUCAACAGGUAAAGAUAAAGAUGAAACUGUCAUGCGAAAUAAUUUUAAUCAAUUUUGUGAACCAAUAAGCAGUAGUACAAAAAGGCCUAUAUAUGGUCCACGUGAUAGUUUUGGUGCAUAUGAUAAUAAAGAUAUGACAUCAGCAAAAACAACAACAGUUACCGUAAAAAAUGUUCCACAGCAAUCAUUAAGCGACAAAACUAAACCUCUAACAGGAACAACAGGAAUUACAACAAUACAACAAACAUCAACAACACCUAUGGUUUAUGAUUCACAUAAACAACGAAUUGAUACCGAUGAUAUUCAACAACGGUAUCAUUCAGAUGAUACAAUAAUUCAGCAACGAUCGCCCGUACUGAAUGGACGACAUGAACAUGUUACUGGUGAAGCAAAACAAUAUCAACAGCCUGGUAUUGCAACAACCAGCCAGAUACAGCAGCAUGUGAUACCUGGCAGUAGUACGGGGACUACUUCUGGUACUCAGUAUCUUCCUACCAGAACUAAAGAUCUCCAUACUACAGAUGUCGACAAUUAUCCUUAUCAUAGGUAUGAUAAGGAAGAAACAGAAGAAUUAAUAAUAACUAAACCAGAUGAAAGUCAAACAAAAGAAGUUAAUGAAGUACGACAAUCUAGAGGUCAAUUGAAGAUGCAUGAUGAAGAACGAUCAACCAGAAAACGUGAUCGUUCAUUCUUCAGCGAAUUACGUGAACGAUUAAGAGGACGUCGACAUUCUAAACGACGUGCUAAAAGUUGUGAACUUGAAGUUGGUGAAAUGGAAGAAGCAGUUUCAUUACCACCUUCUCGUGAUAUCUCAAGGACACGUUUUUCUGAAAAAUCGGGCAGCCGAUAUGAUUUACGAUCAUAUGAUGGUAAAUCGGAACAGUCUACAAAAAGUUUAUACAAACAAAGUACAUUACUCCUUGAAACACAUGAAAAUGGUCAAAAAAGGUAUUAUCAAAUACCACAUAUAGUAUUAGAUGAACCAGGUGCAACAAAACUUUUACGACAAGGAAAAAAGCUACAUGUUUACAAUGAUCACACAUUUGUUGCUGUAAAAAGUCGAAGUGGUACGAUUUGCAACGUAUGUCAUCAACGAAUUGGACGAAGUAAUUUUACUAAGCAAGCUUAUCAAUGUAGAGAUUGUCAUACUGUAUGCCACAAGCCAUGUCAUUAUAAGACUCAGUCUUAUUGCACAGCAAGUAAUGUCAACAAAUUGAAUGUAGUGAAAGACGUUGAUUGGAAUUAUCUUUUAACAACCAAUCAAAUUAAUGAAUUCAUUUCCGAAGAUGGUGUAUAA